UUGACUUGACUGACGUGAUAAACUUUAGCUUUACUAUUUACUUAUUUGAGUGUUAGCUUGGUAUAAUCUAUGAGUUUAGCUCUCAAAAUACUUUGGUGUGUGGUGCACAUUGGUGAUUUUUUGUUUAUAUUAUUAUUUAUAUCAAUAUAAUAAUCUUUUUCGUAGUGACCCUCAAAGCAUUAUGGCUUUUCCAGAAUCGGCCGCUGGAGUUGAAGAUCGAGAAUAUUUAAAUGAUUUCUUGGAAGAAGCAGAACUUCAACAGUAUUAUGAGUUGUUUAGGGACAUAUUAAAAGUAACAAAGGUAUCACAACUUAAGUUUGUUCUCACUGAGGACCUAGUUCAAAUUGGUAUGUCAAGACCAGAGCAGAGACGCUACAAAAAGAUAUAUUCAAAGUAUUUUCCUAAUCCCUACAUAUCAAAAAUACGCAAAAUGUUAAAAUCUCAUAAAAAAAGAGACCAAAAUUUACAAGGGCCUUCAUGCCUGCCAUUAGAAUCUCAACCAUUUUUUGACAACAAUGUAAAAGUGCCUACAAAACACAUAAUAUCCAUUGAGGAUAUCACAAUUAAUAAGGAACUUGGUAUGGGCCAGUUUGGAGUAGUGCAACAGGGUACAUGGACCACCGGGAACCAGAGGUUGCAAGUAGCAAUCAAAUGUCUUGGCCAUGAGAGAAUGACAUCAAAUUCUACAGAGUUUCUGAAGGAAGCUGCAGUGAUGCACAGUAUUGAACAUCCUAAUAUUGUUCGAUUAUAUGGUGUUGUACUUCAUUUAGACUCUCUGAUGUUGGUGACAGAGUUGGCUCCACUUCGUUCUCUCUUGGAGUGUCUACGCGAAGUAUCUCUUCGACUUAAUUUCCCAGUCCCAAACCUCUGCGAGUUUGCGGAACAGAUCUGUGAUGGCAUGACUUAUCUAGAAAGUAAAAGACUGAUUCAUAGGGACCUGGCGGCAAGAAAUAUUUUAGUAUUUAGCAAAGAUAGAGUCAAAAUUUCCGAUUUCGGACUUUCCCGAGCCCUGGGUGUCGGCAAAGAUUAUUAUCAAACAAAUUAUAACGUAAAUCUUAAGCUACCCGUGGCAUGGUGUGCCCCAGAAUGCAUUUUAUUUCUGCGUUUUACGUCUGCAAGUGACGUAUGGGCGUUUGGUGUAUGCUUAUGGGAAAUGUUCACGUAUGGCUUUCAACCGUGGGCUGCUUUCUCUGGGCAGCAAAUAUUAGAAGCAAUUGAUUCCCCUAAUUUCCAGAGGCUGGAGAGACCGGAGUGCUGUCCCGAAGCAUACUACACUACAAUGUUGGAGUGUUGGGCUCAUGACUUCAAUAAUAGACCGAAGUUUAAAGACUUGGGGCCUAAACUACGCAGUAUACGACCUGAGCAGGCUCAGGCGACCACAAAUUUCCAAAAACCAGACGAGGGCAGGCGUAAUAGUUUCCUAGAGUACAAAGCAGGACAAGUUAUAACAGUAUUAGGAAAAGAGACAAUGACAAAAUCUCCGCUAUGGUACGGAGUGCUACCAGGCGGCGCGUGUGGUAUGUUCGACCCCACUCAAACCAAACCAUACAUCCCACCAGAAAAAAAUGUAUGUCACGUAACGGGUACGUUAUCACCAAACCCGACUCGUCACUCGGCGCGGUCGAUACGCACGUCGCUGCUGCGGUCGGACGUCAAACGUCACACGUACACGGGCAAGCGGACGAUACAGCGCAGCAUGAUCUCGAGCCCGCAGGGAGACGUCAAGCACACGGGACACGUCGGCCUCGACGGCGCGUACUUCGGAGAUAUAUCCUUCUUGGACCCCGCCGGCUGUCCUCCUCGCCAAGUGGUGACACCUUAUAAACCAUCGGAAGACUUGGAGCAAGUUCCUCUCAUCAAUCCGAACUCGCCGUCGCAUUUGACGGGCGCUUCGGGCACCACCCCGUAUCCAAUGCUGACAUCACAUAAGCCUAACACGAGACCAGACUGCGACGAAAUUGAUCUUUCUUGUGAAAGCAGAACAAGAAGUUUGAGAAGAUCAAGCCAAAGAACGAUAUCGGAGCCAACGACAAGCAAAAGUAUUCUUAGUAAGGUGCGAUGUGCGACGCUCGGCAGGUCCCACAAAACAGACAACGGUGCAGUACCCAAGACAGACGAAAUUCAUGAAUAUCACGAAAUAUCUGACACCGACACGGAGCCGAUAAAUAACUCCACUAACUACCGAUCCCCCUCAAAGCGUAAUCCAGAUAUUCGAAAGAGUACUGACUUCAGCGAGAGCCUGCUAGAAGAGAUGGAAGAGAUGUUCAGGACUCUCGAUCAGAGGAAUAACGACGAGUCGGGUUCUUCCAAGCUACCCGAGCACCCUUUCAGCUAUGCUACUUGCAUUAUCCGAUGCAAUCUGGAUCCCAAUGAUCCUGGAAGCUGCAUCCACGAAGGAGGGAAUAAUUGCCGUCUUAUCGCACGGAUUGUGGAACUGCUCAGAGAAUACCCUUCGCAUAAGAUAAUGGUAUCCGGGGAUUUUUUCGUGGUUGAGCCAGCACCGCCUGGCCAACCUAGCAGGUCGGGCCAAAGCGACGCCAUCGAGAGACCCUACGACGUUAAGAGUGUUGGGGAGCAAGUACCAUCGCAACAAGUCGAAAUACACAACAAAUAUUACCGCCGCCCUUCGCCUGCGGGAAAUGCGCCGCAUACGAUGUCUAGAAGCGAGCGUAAGAAAAUAUUAGCUUCGUCCACUGUGAAGCCAAUGUCGGCUCAUGAUGAGAGGACUCUGAAUACGGCCGUUGCCCUUGCCAAUGAAAUCACGUCACGCUCGAUGACCGACCUCGGAACUGAAAGGAAGGCUCCACAGUCCCCAAACGACCGCAACAAGUUCGUCUUCAAAUUCCCAUUUCCACUGCACCACGGCAUUAUGAACGACGCCGACAAGGAUAAGGAAUCAACAGGGAGGCAGGAAAGACGCAACUUCAGCGAGGAAGCCAAAAGUGUGCCAGACCUGCAGUCCACCAUAACGGAGGAGAGCAAGCUAGCUUACACUAGUUUGAUUGAGGAGCCGACUCCGUCGACCUCCAUGAUGGCAUACAGUCAUGCUUCCGUCGAAAAGAGCAUCCUGAAGCCGGGCACUUCGACCAAGCAGCCACGCUCCCCGACCGUGGCAUUCACCGCUCAGCCAACGACAUCCUCCGAGGAGCCUAUUGACGUCGAAACCUACGCAUGCAACGUGCUGCCUCUGCCGCCUCGUACCAACAAGCCGAAACUGGUUGACAAGCCGCGCCACAUCCGCAAGUACCCGCUGAAGCUGCCGUCCGAGGCUAAAACAACGCAGACCGAGCUGACUGGCGUGCACGUCAUCCAGCCCAUUAUCUACCAGAACACUCAGGCUGACGACCAAGAUGUUACAUCCAGCGUCAAUCAACCAACACUCAUGACGGGUGAGGUAACCCGCCACCCUGAAGAUGCUUUCGUCGGUCCUACGGUCGUGCACGUACCGUAUGUUUUGGCUGUUAUGUCGGCCCAAAACCUGCCCCAGGUGGUGGCUCGUGUGUCUGUGGACGAGACCGGCACUCCGCCCGCGUUGGCCAAUACCAAUCCUUUCGUGGGUGAUGACCAAAUAGAAAAGGACGACAAACCGCCUAUGUCUGCUGAGGAGUUUUUCGCUACAACCAAAGCCCGCCCACCGGUGGCUAUUAUAUUCGAAGAUAGUGAUGAGAUCAUUCCUUUUAGUUCGGUUACAGAUGACCAAGUCUCGGUCGAAGAUCUGCUGGAGCUCAACUACCGCCCCUGCGGCAGGCAGAGUGGGUUAGAGUCUGAUGAAGUCCGCAUCAUGUGCAAAGUCCUGAAGAACGAGGCUACUGCUGAAGAUUGCCUGGAGGCACUGAACGUCUCUGACUGGGACGUCCACAGCGCCAUCAAGGUGGCCCGCGUCAAGCAUGCUGUCGGUGACAAAGCCACCUUCCAAGAGUGCAUGGACACUCUUGACCAGUACAACAACGAUGUAAUCACAUCCAUCACAGCUAUUCACGUGCAGGACCCCAGUCUCACCUAAAUCCAUUCCAGACUUCGAGAUGAUGAGCAAGAAUUAAACAUCUGUACUAUUGCAAACCUAUUUUAAUGAAUUUCUUGAAUUUUUAUCGAACUAAGUCUUGCCAAGAGCAAAGUUUAACAUAAGUUUUUGUCGUUUUCUGCGCUAAUAUGAAUGUCAAUUUAAUAUUAUAUUAUCAUGUGUCAACUUAUAAUAGAAUGUAGGCCUAUAACUAUGUAACUCAUUUACUCUGAAGAUGUACCUGUCUGACAGAUAGGCUUGAAGAUGAUUCUACCUAUUCAGGGCGUUCUUUUAAAUUUUAAUUAAUAUUUAUGUCAAAAUAUCGGUAAUACCGAGUGUAGGUUAAGCCAUUUUUCUCUUGAAACAUGUAAUUCAUGUUCAACUAAUUUAUUGUAAUGGUCCAAGGACCUAAUGCAGUAUUAGUAUAAGAUCUUCGAUCAUAUUUGAGCAUUGUGCUAAAAUAUUCUAAAUAAACUCUUAAGG